GUUGAAUUUUAUGAGUUGGAUCCCCAUAAAAAGAUAUCCAAAUUCGUUUUGUUAGCAAAUAAAUUGCACAAUGGUAGCUAUCUGAAGAGGAGUUGUUUUCAUGGAGCAAAGUUGGAGAAUAAUAAUACGGGAGGAUUGGUGGUCUGAUGGCUUCACCUUAAAUGGCUGAUUUCCAGAGGAAUGGUCUCGCCGACAGGGAUAUCGACCAGGCCAUUACAGCGCUUAAGAAAGGAGCCUAUUUGCUCAAGUAUGGACGCAGAGGGAAACCUAAAUUCUGCCCUUUCAAAUUAUCCAAUAUAAUUGGAUUCUUUUUCCAGGAUGAGUCUAAAGUCGUAUGGUACUCUGGGAAGAAAGAGAAACAUGUUAAGCUUAGUGAAGUCUGCAAGAUCAUUCCUGGACAGCGAACUACCAUUUUUCAACGAUAUCCUCGACCUGAAAAGGAGUAUCAAUCCUUUUCACUGAUAUGCAAUGACAGGUCCUUGAAUUUGAUAUGUAAAGAUAAGGAUGAAGCUGAAGUUUGGUUGUCUGGUCUUAAGGCGUUGAUUUUUCGUGGUACCUAUACAAAAUGGGGAACUGAAGUAGUAAAUGGCAAUGCAUCAGUAGAUGGUUCUCAACCCUGCAACCAAAAAAAUGCUCCCAAUUCGCAAUUGGAUCCAGAAAAUGCUAAAGGACUCCAAGCACACUAUGAGGCAUCCAAUAGUUUGGGGAAGGCAUUCGCUAACAUAAUUACACAUACUGCUUCAGUCAAGAUUUUUGACUUAGGCUUAGUAUCACCUGGGUCUGUAGAGACCUCAAAUAGUCGGAGGUCUGGGGCUGAUGCAAUUAGAACCAGUUUAUCAAGUGUUGUGAGCUCAUCAAGCCAAGGUUCUUCCCGUUCAGGGCCUGAUCCAUUGGGUGAUGUUUUCAUAUGGGGACAAGGUAUUGGUAAUGGAGUAUUGGGUGGUGGUACUGAUAAAAUUGGAAAUUCGUUUAACACAAAGACUGAUGCACUUCUACCAAAAGAAUUGGCAUCAACAGUGGUUCUUGAUGUGAAUAAUAUUGCCUGUGGAGGUACGCAUGCCGCUUUGGUCACAAAGCAAGGUCACAUUUUUAGUUGGGGAGAGGAAUCAGGGGGCAGGCUUGGGCAUGGUGUAGAAACUGAUGUUCCCAAACCUAAACUCAUAGAUAUUCUCAGUGGCAUGAAUUUUGAAUCAGUAGCAUGUGGGGAGUAUCACACGUGUGCUGUUACAGUCUCCGGGGAUCUUCUUACAUGGGGUGAUGGAACACACAACUUGGGUGUCCUUGGGCAUGGAACUGAAGUCGGUCACUGGAUCCCCAAAAGGGUUAACUUCAUGGAAGGCAUUCAUGUCUCAUUUAUAUCCUGUGGUCCUUGGCACACAGCUCUGGUGACAUAUGGUGGCCAGUUGUUCACAUUUGGAGAUGGAUCAUUUGGUGCUCUGGGCCAUGGGGAUUAUACUAGCUCAACUAUUCCACGAGAAGUAGAGACUUUGAGUGAAUCACAGACAACAAAGGUUGCCUGUGGUGCUUGGCACACUGCUGCAGUAGUUAAGGUUUUGUCUGAACCAUGUGAUUCAGGGUCUCCAAGUAACUCUUCUUCAGCAAAGUUGUUUACUUGGGGGGAUGGAGAUAAAGGUCAACUUGGGCAUGGUGAUAACCAACCAAGACUCUUUCCUGAAUGCGUAGAUGCAUGUGACAAAAUAUGUAAUGUUGCAUGUGGAUAUAAACUCACAGUCGCUCUUACAACCUCUGGACUAGUGUAUACAAUGGGGAGUUCCGCUUACGGUCAAUUGGGGAGUGCUACAGCUGACGGCAAGAUUCCAACUCGGGUUGAAGGUAAAAUAGCAUAUAAAUUUGUGGAAGAGAUUGCCUGUGGAUCAUAUCAUGUUGCUGUUUUGACUUCCAAAACAAAGGUUUAUACUUGGGGAAAAGGCACAAAUGGGCAAUUAGGUCACGGAGAUAUCAAUGACAGAAAUACACCAACUCCAGUUGAUUUUCUGAAAGACAGGCAAGUCAAGAGUGUAGCUUGUGGUUCAAACUUUACUGCAGUUGUAAGUCUUCAUACAGGUGUUGAUCAUUCUCUGUGCUCUGGUUGUCGAAAUCCAUUUGGUUUCAGAAGAAAACAUACCAAUUGUUAUAAUUGUGGACUAAUCUUCUGCAAAUUAUGCACUAGCAGAAAAUCUCUUAAUGCUUCUAUGGCUCCGGCUAAAACCAAACCAUAUAGAGUGUGUGAUGAAUGUUUCCUUAAAUUGAGAAAAGGUGCAGAACCUAUUUCAGCUGUCUGGACUCCUCAAGCUAAAAAUGGAAUUUUGCCUCGUAAAUCUAUAGAUAGAGAUGCUUUAGCUCCCAGGUUACAGACAGAAGUCUCCAGACUUUCUGUUGACUCAUUUUAUCAGGCUGAAAGUAGGAAUUUCAAGCAUGAAUUGAAACUAGAAUCACAAACUCGUCUCCUCUUCCCGGUUCAGAAUGGAAACUUCCAUGUCAGAGGAGGAUUUUAUUCACCUAAGAUGCCAAUUUGUCCGAUUAGAGAUUCUAAGAAUAUUUUACCAGCUUCCAUUUCUAGUUCCAAAAGGACUUCUCGGGGAACAUCUCCUGCUUCAGGAAAGUUGAGCCCAAAUAGAUCUUCUGGAGUAACUGUUGAUGAUUCAAAGCAAAUGAAUGAGAGUGCUAACCAAGAGAUCAUAAAUUUAAGGGCACAGGUUGAAGAUCUUACAUACAAAUCCCAACACCUUGAAGCUGAACUUGAAAAGACAUCAAAGAAAUUAAAGGAGGUGACUGCAAUAGCAGAAAAUGAAGCGAAAAAAUGCAAAUCAGCGAAUGAAGUGAUUAGAUCUCUUACCGCUCAGUUAAAGGAGAUGGCUGAUGAGCUUCCAGCAGCCAAGAAUGCCCGCCAAAAUUCCAUUUCUAUUGCCAAAAACACCUCAAACACCGAGUACCUGUGCUCAGAUAGUUGCCAUGCAACCACCAUUGGGCUUCCACAAAGUGAAGCAAGUUGCAAUCUAGAGAACGUCUCCAAUUCUCAUGGGACCAAAGGACAAACUGAAAAGUCAGAGAUAGUAAUACAAGACGAACCCGGAGUGUACUUAACUUUGUCACCCUUGCCUGACGGCGGUAAUGAGCUCAAGCGUGUUCGCUUUAGUAAGAAACAUUUCACAGAAGAACGAGCAGAAAGCUGGUGGGCUGAAAAUGGGGAUAAAGUAUGUGAACGCCAUAAUAUCAUAAGUAUGUAUUAGUUAUGAAAAAUGAACACUAUUAGAUUCUCUUGAAGAAAUUGGAUACUCCCAUUGUCUCCAAA